CAGAAUUAACCUUCCUGUUCAUGAAAUGACUUUCGCAUUCACUAAUUAUAUGAAUAAAGAUAUGUUUGUAAUAGGGAAUAUGUUUACAAAUUAUAUGAAGAAUACUUUUACAACUCAUAUGAAAUAUUUUAUGGAAAAUACGUUUACAUAUCAUAUGGAGAAUUUACUUGCCAACUCUAUGUGGAAUACAUCUACUAGUAUAAAUUAUUCGAAAGGCUCAUUCUUGAAUUAUAUGAGAAGUAUAUUUACGAAUAAUAUAAUGCAGAUGAAUGUUUCUAAUACUCUAGCUGACGCCAGAGUGGAUAAAGAUAUAAGAAUAGAUAAAAGCAUUGAAAUUGACUGUGCUGAAUCGAAUGUUGAUUCUUAUAAAGUAAUUCAAGACACUGUAAAUCUUAAUAAUUAUACGAAUAAUGAAAGUUCUUGUGAGUUUUCUGUCUUUGAAGAACACUCUAAAACAACUAUGCCACAAACGAAAAGAUAUGGAGUUAAAGGCAAUUAUUUGCCUGCCUCUGCUUUAUAUACUCAUCAAAAUGAGUUAUAUCUUUCGGCCUUAUCAAAUGAAAGUCUUGUUGAAACUUUUGCUAAUCAUGUGAUUAACCCAGACUAUACCUAUGUUGUUUAUCUUUUUGAACAGUAUCGUAAUUCUCAGCUUGGUGAACAAAAUGGUGUAUCAAUGUUUUAG